CACGGCUAUCCUCACUAUCAUAUCGAAAUGGUAACGCUCUCUGUAAAUGGGGAUCUCUUUGUCGCCAUAGAUCUUUUGUAAAUUAUUGUAUCUAGAUGUUAACGGUGGCUAUGGCAACAGAUCUCCUGGUGAAUGUUAACGGUAGAUAUGGCGAUAACGAAGAGGUCUAUUUACAUGGCUUCACUCCACUUCACUAUGGCGACAUCACGUGACUGUACUGGAAGAUGGUAACGGUGGAUUAUGAAAAAUGAAGGGAUUAUAAAAAAUCAAUCGAUAAUUCUUUCAGGCUUCAAAUUAUAAUGGGUCUCGCAAAUAUGUCACCAACUGAGGAGGGGAAGGUUAUCGUAAUUGUGGCAAGUGCUCUGCUAUCUAUCUGGGAUGUCAAAGAUAUGUUCGUCUCCAUGCUUCGCUUUGUGGGCAUUCAUAUUGCAUCAGCAUUUCGGUUUGUUCAUUUAAGAAGGCCUGAACAAGAGGAGUGCUCGAUUUGCCAAACAGAGUUCAAACCCGUGGCGCAGAUAAACAUUCUCCCUUGCGGCCAUGUUUUCCACAAAUUGUGCUUGGAGAAAUGGCGGAGGAAUUGUCGAGUCACAUGCCCUAAUUGCUACAUGACGCCCACAGAGGAAGAGAGUCGUUUACUGGCAAUACUCCGUGCAGUUUACAGGAAAUGCUCCUUGAAGAAGUUGCGUUCUACAGCUUAGCUUACUAGUUUACACACAGUUGUUAACACGCAUCAUUUGGGCUAUGUAACCAAAUGUUAUCUAUCAUGUACAUAUUUUUGUAAGAUAGGUUUUCUGAAGUUCUAUGCUUCUUGAACUUAGGGAGUAGCUUUGCUUUUGUUUUUGGAGUUGUGGUUUGGUUUGUUGUUUGGUUGGUUUUUGUUUUUGGAGUUGUGGUUGAAUAGUUGUUUGGUUGGGUGGCCUUGCCCCUUUGUCUGAUUGUAUAAUAUUUUCCAUUAUCAAUAUAAUUAUCGUACUUAGCAAAAAAACAGUUGUUUAUGAAAAG